AUGUCGAAGCACAGCCUACUCCUCUCGUGCCGGUCACGGACGGUCGCCAUAUCACCCCGAACCAUCUUAAUCAACGUACACAGCCGAUACAUCGCAACAACCACCACGCUUUCACAGACUCCUUAUACGCCUAUCCGAGCUAUCCCGACCUACCUCCUCCCGUCACAGAACCAAUGGCGCCCGCAGAGAGCGCUAACACCUUACCUACGGCAUUUCCGGACCACCCUGGCCGCUUUCAACACCUCUGCCGUGGUUAAUGCGACUGUUGCAACACUGAAUCCACAAGUCGACGAAGAUGGACAACCUCUGCUUGUUUCAAUAUCGCCCCGAGCAGCAAAGAAGACAAGCACAUACGAUCACAGGAAGUGGAAAACAGAGCUUCCCGUCCGCUCAGCUCGGCUACGAGAAAUAACCAAUCCUGCUGCUUCUCCGUCCGCUACACAAAAGGAAAACCCAUACCACCACCUACGCAUCACUGUGACCAGCGGAGGAUGCCAUGGAUUCCAAUACCUGAUGAGUCUAGAGCCUAGCUCAAAGAUCAGUGAAGAGGAAGACACCGUCUUUGAAGUUGAAGAAGAUACCCCAGACGCUGUACCGGGUGCGGCAGCUGGCCAAGCAAAGGUCGUCAUGGACUCGGCCUCUCUCGAGUUACUAUCAGGCAGUACGGUCGAUUACACCACUGAACUUAUCGGCAGCCAGUUUAAGAUUGUGGAUAACCCGCGUGCCUCGAGCAAUUGCGGGUGUGGAACGAGUUUUGAUAUCAAAGAAUAA